AUGUUUGAUACAACACGAUUCUCUUAUUAUUUUUCUACGAUACCUGUCUCGUUCGAACAUGAUAUUUCUGCUCGAUUACAACGACUUUAUUUUCGUGUUCGAUCAACUUUUAUCUCAUUCCAAAAUAUGUCACGUUAUCCAUACACAUUUAAUGAUGUUCCUCCACUUUUUGUUGAAUCAUUUAUACUACAUGGUUAUCGUUCAAUCCAUCAGCCAUGGUCUUAUUAUUGGAAAUCAUUAUUUCAUAAACAUAAUGAAACAAUUAAUGUUUGGAGUCAUUUAAUCGGUAUAUUAUAUAUGGGAUAUUUAUUAUAUUAUUAUAAUCAACGAUUAAAAUUUUAUGAAAAUUCUCAUUCAUGGCCAUUUGUUGUAUCAUUAUGUACAGCUAUCAUAAUGUUUAUAUGUUCAGCAUUUGCUCAUUUACUUCAUUCGAAAUCUGAAAGAAUUCAUAGAACUUGUUUUGCAAUUGAUUAUGUUGGUGUUAGUUUACAUGGUUUUGGUUCGGGAUUUCUUCAUAUUUAUUAUUCAGCACCACAAUGGUAUUAUGAUAAAAUUCAAUAUCAAUAUGUAUUUAUUCUUCUUUUAUUUGGUAUUCUUGCUUGUUUUUUAAAUUGUUUUGCUCAAUAUUAUUUUCAUCCACCGUAUCCACCAUUAAAACGUAUUUGUCAAUUUUUACCAUGUGGAAUUUUAUGGAUUUAUUCAAUUAUUCCAUUAAUUAUUGGUUUAAUUUCAUGUAGAUUUCCAUUAGAUUUAAGUUCAAUAUGUCAUCUAGGACAAGUGAUAUUAUUUCUUAUUGGUGCAACAUUUUUUGCUUUUGAUAUACCUCAACGUUUUUGGCCCGGUGGUUUAGAUUUUAUUGGUCAAAGUCAUCAUUUAUUUCAUUUAUGUAUUUAUUUUGUAACUGUGUGUCAAAUGCAUGGUGUUUAUUGGGAUUAUGAAAAAAAUCAAAAAAUACUUGAUCAAAGAAGUAAACCAGACUUAAUAUUUUGUGCUGGCUCAAUGAUUUCUCUUAUUUUAUGGGAUAUUGUUAUUGUUUGGUAUUUCCAACGAUGGCUUCGUGAAAAACAUCAUGUUUAUUAA